GAACAGAUAAGCACAGAUGGCAGCAGCGAAGGCCUUUUGUAUUCCUUCCUGUACUAAGAUGAGAUUUUAUGGAAGACCAUGGAUUAUGGAGCAGAGGAAAGAACUUUUUAGAAGGCUUCAGAAAUGGGGACUGAAUACCUACUUGUAUGCUCCAAAAGAUGACUACAAGCACAGGAUGUUCUGGCGAGAAAUGUACUCUGUGGAGGAAGCUGAGCAACUCAUGACCCUAAUCUCGGCUGCCCAAGAAUAUGAGAUAGAAUUCAUCUAUGCCAUCUCGCCUGGACUUGAUAUCACUUUCUCAAAUACAAAAGAAGUGUCCACAUUGAAACGCAAGCUGGACCAGGUUUCCCAGUUUGGCUGCAGAUCCUUUGCACUGCUGUUUGAUGAUAUUGAUCACAACAUGUGUGCAGCAGACAAAGAAGUCUUUAGCUCCUUUGCUCAUGCCCAGGUCUCCAUUACUAAUGAAAUAUAUCAGUAUUUAGGAGAACCAGACACAUUCCUAUUCUGUCCUACAGGUAAAACAUUAGGACUAAUUUUACUUUGUGAUAGCUUUGAAAUUUAAUGAGCCUUCUAUUUUACUGCACCCAGGUC